AUGGCGACACCGACCAACAGCAACGGUAAUCUCGUCGACGAGUUCGAAGAAGCGUUUCAGCAAUGUUUGAGCAUGCUGAUAAAGGACGAAGGAUUAGUCAGCAAUGGGACUGGCGCUUCUGGUGGUUUGACAGUGGAUAAAGAUGAAGGUCGUGCUGAAAUGGAACAAGCUACCAUGAGAUUCAUAGAUCUGGCUAGACAAAUGGAGGCUUUCUUUUUACAAAAGAGAUUUCUGCUAUCUGCGCUGAAGCCUGAGAUGAUAGUCAAGGAAGAUAUUCAAGAAUUGAGAAUGGAAUUAGCUCGCAAGGAAGAACUCAUAAAGAGACAUAAUGAGAAAAUUGUUGUCUGGCAGAAUAUGUUGUCAGAUUUACAAGGAUGGGCACAAUCACCCGCUCAAGGUCCAGCACCUAAUGGAUUACCCAGUGGAAAUCAAAGUGGGCAAAAUCAACAGGCUGGAAGUGGCAGUGGCAAUGCUUCAAUGCAGCAGCAGCAGCAGCAACAAAUGUUGCAGCAUCAGCAGCAACUGCAACAGCAAUUACAGCAGCAACAGCAUCCACAAUUGCAACAACAAUUGCAGCAUUCGUUGCAACAACAGGUAUUUAAGUAACGCUGUGUUAUGACCAAAGUUAAAAAUUAUCUUUGUUCUUCAAGAUCAGA